AAUAGGCCCUAGGCAUACACAAACUUGGCUUGCAGCCAUGACAUUUUUCUUUUUCUUUUUUUUAGAUUUUUCUUCAUUAGAGAGCUUGCUUGCAUAGAUAGGUGGAGUGGCAGACAGAGGGAGAGGGAGAAACAGACUCCCCAUUGAGCAGAAAUCCUGGCUUGGGACUUGAUCCCAGGACCCUGGGAUCACGACCUUCCUUGAAGGCAGACCUAACCAACUGCCUCGAAGGCAGACCUAACCACCUAACCAACUGAGCCAUCCAGGUGCCCCAAUGACCUUUUGCAUUUGAUCUCUGGGUGUUGGCUGACUUCAUGUAGACUUUAAACCUCAGGGUAGGAGCUUUGGCUCUAGCUACCGCCCAACCUGGGCCAGGCUUUUGCCCCACCAUUCUUUUAGACCGUGUCAAACCCCUCCCAGGAGCACCUGCACCCCAGGAAGGGCUUCUGGCACUUUGGGCCCCACUGAUAGAAAGGGCUCCAUCUGUGGAGGCAGUACUGGCUUAAUCCAGGAGAGCUUCCUGGGAGAGGAGUCUAGGGGGAUGAUAAUCAUAGCAGCUGCAUUUUACAUCUGUGGAGAGGAUUAAGUGCUUAAUACAUGUGGAGAACAGAACUGGCCCAGGCACUAGGACUGGCCAGCCUGGUGGGAGAGGCCACGGAGCCCGAGGGGGAAGAGGAUGAGGAAGGAGAGGGGCCCUUUUGCCCGGAGAAGAAGCUCUUGCAUCUCAGCGAUGGGGCCUUGCUCCUCCGGGUGCUGGGCAUCAUAGCUCCUAGUUCUGGAGGUGGACCUCGGAUGGCCAGGGGCUGUGAUGGUCCUGCAGCCAGGCGGGUGCGAAACUUGAACCACCUGUGGGUCAGGCUGAGGGACUUCUACCAGGAGGAGCUGCAGCUGCUGAUCCUGUCGCCGCCCCCAGACCUCCAGACAUUGGAGUCUGACCCCUUCUCAGAGGAGGCAGUGGAGGAGUUGGAAGGCAUCCUCCGGCUGUUGCUGGGGGCGUCAGUGCAGUGUGAGCACCGGGAACUCUUCAUCCGACACAUCCAGGGCCUCGGUCUUGAGGUCCAGAGUGAGCUGGCUGCUGCCAUCCAGGAGGUGACCCAGCCUGGGGCAGGUGGGGUGCUGGCCCUGGCUGGGCCUGAGCCUGGGGAUCUGGAGCCGCCAGAGCUGGAGAUGCUGUUCCGGAACCUGAUGGGGGCUUUGUUAAGGCUGGCACGGGAGCGUGAUGUGGGGGCCCAGCGUCUGGCUGAACUGCUGCUGGAGAGAGAGCCAGCCCCCUUGUUGCCAGAGGCUCCUGCCAGGAGUCCCCCCGAGGGCCCAGCACACCACCUGGCCCUGCAGCUGGCCAACACCAAGGCCCAGCUGCGGCGCCUGAGGCAAGAGCUGGAGGAGAAGGCCGAGCUGCUGCUCGACUCCCAGGUGGAGGUGCAGGACUUGGAGGCCGAGAUCCGAAGGCUCCGCCAGGAGGCCCAGGUGCUGUCGGGACAGGCCAAGCGGGCCGAACUGUACCGCGAGGAGGUGGAGGCCUUGCGGGAGCGGGCCGGUCGCUUGCUCCGCCUGCAGGAGGAGCUGCGACGCUGUCACGAGCGGCUACAGGUGGCGGAGGCCUGCAAAAGCCAGCUGGAGGAGGAACGGGUGCUCUCCGGGGCUCUGGAAGCCUCCAAGGCGCUUCUGGAGGAGCAGCUGGAGGCUGCUCAAGAGCGCUGUGCUAGGCUGCAUGAGACCCAGCGUGAGAAUCUGCUGCUGCGGACCCGUUUGGGCGAGGCCCGUGCGGAGCUGGACACUCUGCGGCAUCAGGUGGACCAGCUGGCAGAGGAGAAUGUGGAGCUGGAGCUGGAGCUUCAGCGGAGCCUGGAGCCACCUCUGGGCUUUCCUCAGGAGGCAUCCGUGCCAGGAGCAGCUCCCUCACUUCAUGAUGAAGUGAGAGAGGCAGAGGCUGGGCGGCUGCAGAUCCUGGAGAGGGAGAAUCGGGAGCUUCGGGGUCUGCUACAGUUGCUACAAAGGCAGCCUGGGGGCCAGCGCCCCCUGCCGGAGGAGCAGAGCGAGGACUCCUUGGUUGCAGAGCUGGAUGGGGCUCCUCAGACUUGCCUGGCCUCAGACCUGGGCCCCGAGGGUUUGGCUGGCCAGGUGGGGGAUGAAGGCACCCAGGCCUCAGACCCGGCUCCCCGGGUAUCAGACUCCGCCCUUGAGAGAUUAGCUGUGCAUCCCCAGGCUUCUGAUUUAGACCUGCAGGUGAUAGAGAGGCCCCUCCAGCUGGCUGCCUUGGCCCCCCAGACCUCAGACUUGACGCUCCAGGAAUCAGGCCCCACUGUAGCAACACAGAAGUGCCCAGAGAAUGCUGGCCAUGGAGCCCUUCUCCAGAUUCCCACCUCUGUGGUCUCGCUUCAAGGUCCAGGGCUGGAAAUUCAGGCCGAGCUGUUGGGAGGAAAGGCUGGAGAGUCAGGGCCCAAAGCCCGGGAGGGCCCUGCAAGCAAGCCUGGACCCCCAGAGCUCAGCCUGCGUGUGCAACUGGAGGAGCAGGAGACCCCAGGCCAAGGGCUGGAACUACCCAAAGGGCAGAGAGAUGCCAGAGGGGAUGAACAGAAGCUGGAGGGGAUGAUUGGUGACCCAGCCCAGCAAAAUCCACAGCAGGAGUCUGAGGGGGCUCUGGAGGCACAGACCUGGCAGGGGCCAAUCUCAGGGGAGAUCUCGUCUGGUGGAGUCCCAGAGCAAGAGGCCCUGAGGGAGGAGGUGGCACAGCUCAGGAGAGAGGCUGAGGCACUUCGGGCGGAGCUAGAGGCCCAGGCCCGGAGGCUGGAGGCCCGAGGCAUGGAGGCUGCCCGCCUCUCUGAGGAGCUGGCUCAGGCACGGAAGACAGAAGCCGAGGCCCACAGGGAGGUGGAGGCCCAGGCCCGGGAACAGGCUCGGCUGCGGGAGGCAGUAGAGGCAGCAGGCCGGGAGCUGGAGGCUGCGUCUCAGGAACGAGAGGCACUGGCAGAGGCCCUGGCAGCUGCAGGCCGAGAGCGGAGACAGUGGGAGCGUGAGGCACCCAGACUCCGGGCCCGGGCUGAGACAGCUGAGGAGCAGCUGCAAGAGCUGGAGAGCCAGGAUCGCCGGCACCAGCAGGAGGCUGAGAGGGAGAGGCAGGCCCUCAGAGAGGAGCUAGAGAAGGCGAUGGUGCGGGGCCAGGAGCUGGGGGCCCGGCUGGAACACCUGCAGAGUGAACUGGAGCAGGCAGCUCUGGAACGCCAGGAAUUUCUGCGGGAACAAGAGUUCCAGCACCAGAGGUACCAGGGCCUGGAGCAGCGGCUGGAAACAGAGCUGCAGGCAGCGGCCAUCAGCAAGGAGGAAGCCCUGAGGGAGCUCAAGACCAGGGCCCUGCAGCUGGAGGAGGAGCUGGUCCAGCUGCGCCAGGGCCCGGAGGGGCUGGGGCCAGAGGGGCACGCUGAGCCCAGGACCCUACGGGCCCAGAGUGGGCGGCUCAUCGAGGUGGAGCGCAGUAAUGCAACACUGGUGGCCGAGAAGGUGGCUCUGCAGGAGCAGCUGCAGCACCUGGAAGGGCAGCUGGGAAGCCUGCAGGGGCGUGCCCAGGAGCUCCUGCUGCAGAGCCAGCGUGCGCAGGAGUACAGCAGCCGCCUGCAGGCUGAGAAGUCUGUGCUGGAGAUGCAGGGCCAGGAGCUGCACAGGAAGCUGGGGGUGCUAGAGGAGGAGGUGCGGGUGGCACGGCAGUCCCAGGAGGAGACUCGGGGGCAGCAGCAGGCUCUGCUGCGGGAUCACGAGGCACUGGCACAGCUGCAGCGGCGGCAGGAGGCCGAGCUGGAGGGACUCCUGGUCCGGCACCGCGAUCUCAAGGCUAACAUGCGGGCGCUGGAGCUGGCCCAUCGGGAGCUGCAGGGCCGGCAUGAGCAGCUGCAGGCCCAGAGGGCCAAGGUGGAGGCACAGGAGGUGGCCCUGCUGGCAGAGCGGGAACGCCUGAUGCAGGAUGGGCAUCGGCAGCGUGGACUGGAGGAGGAGCUGCGGAGGCUGCAGAGCGAGCAUGAGAGGGCUCAGAUGCUGCUGGCAGAGGUGUCGCGGGAGCGGGGGGAGCUGCAGGGAGAACGUGGGGAGCUGCGGGGCCGGCUGGCGCGGCUGGAGCUGGAGCGGGCACAGCUGGAGGUGCAGAGCCAGAGACUGCGUGAAUCCAACCAGCAGCUGGACCUGAGCGCCUGCCGGCUGACCACGCAGUGCGAGCUGUUGACAGAGCUCCGGAGUGCUCAGGAAGAGGAGAAUCGGCAGCUGUUGGCUGAGGUGCAGGCGCUGAGCCGGGAGAACCGGGAGCUCCUGGAGCGCAGCCUGGAGAGCCGAGACCACCUACACCGGGAGCAGCGCGAGUACCUGGACCAGCUCAAUGCAUUGCGCCGUGAGAAGCAGAAGUUGGUGGAGAAGAUCAUGGACCAGUACCGAGUACUGGAGCCUGGGCCCCUGCCCCGGACCAAGAAGGGCAGCUGGUUGGCAGACAAGGUGAAGAGGCUGAUGCGGCCCAGGCGGGAGGGGGGCCCCCUUGGGGGCCCACGCCUGGGGGCCGAUGGGGCUGGCAGCCCUGAGAGCCUGGGGGGCCCCCCUGAGGCGGAGCUCUCCGAGGGCAGGGAGGCAGAUAGGACAGGGUCCCCCUCACCAGCACCCAUGCGCCGGGCCCAGAGCUCCCUCUGCCUGCGGGAUGAGACCCUUGCAGGGGGGCAGCGGAGGAAACUCAGCUCACGAUUCCCUGUGGGGCGAAGCUCUGAGUCAUUCAGCCCCGGGGAUACCCCCCGGCAGCGAUUCCGACAGCGUAGGCCAGGCCCCCUGGGUGCACCCACAUCCCAUGACAAAGGACCAGGCGUGGGAUGGGAUGGCUCCACUGAGACCCUAUCUGAAAACCAAGCAGAUGCCAAUGGAGAGGGCCUCGAGGUACAGGAGCCGGAGAAACACCCUCUCGCCCCUUCCCUCAGUCAGUGAUACCAUGUGGACUGGGGGCUUGGGCUUGGGAUCUUCUCACCACUGGAGUCCCAAUCGGGGCCCCCGGCAGCCUAGGAAUGCUGGGAUCCGGGUCACCUGGAGCCCCUCUGUAGGCAAGGAGGCCUGGGCCUCCAGCUCCUCCAAGGCCUGCCCUGGGGCCCUGAGAUGGAGCUGGGAUAAGCCUGUGGACAGAGGGGACGGCUGGCGCCCACAAGCAGCUCCUCGCCAGGGCUCUGGCUCUCCCAUGCGGCCCUCACUGAGGAGGCCAUCUCUGGGUGACCCCCCAGUGGAAGGCGACGGGCAGAAGUGGCCAAGAGAGUCCCCUGUCUGGUCUGGGCGGGGAGCCAAGGACCAUUCACCGGGGAAGGUGCCCUGGGCCCAUCUCUGAGCCUUAGCUGUGAUGCAAGGGCCAUGAGAAUAAAGCUGGGAUGCCACCACC